AUGACUAUUCGUCAACAAUAUGCUAAUGAAGAAUUGGUACAUAAGCUUCGAUCAAUGCUUCAUGAUUUACCAACACUUCGUACACGUGCGAUUAAAAAAUUAGAACAUUGGAGAGAAGCAGCCAUAAAACGUCUUUUAGCUCGACAACGUGAAUUAGAAAAAACUUUAUUAGAUAAAUUCGAAAGACUUGAAUUUGAUACCCAAUUAUUUGUUGAAAAAACCGAACGUAAACGUGCUCAACAACAACGACGUUGGCAAAGUGAACCAUUAGAUUAUCUUAAUAAAAAUGAAAUUGAUCGUAUAUCAACAAGUUUAAGAUCAAUUCGAGAAGAAUUAGAACAAUCAAAAUUAAUUUUAGCUGGUAGUCUUAUUAAUGAGAAUAUUGCUGAAUUAUCAUCUGAUGAUCAUAGACAAGAUAAAUUAGCAGAAACAUCACGUUAUACAGACAAUUUAUCAACAAAAACAGCUGUACAUAAAACUUAUGAAUCAUCAUCAACAUCAUCAAUAGGUAAUGACCUUAAUUCGGAAUUAAGACGUGUCUUAGAAAUUUGUACAAGUCCACAAUAUUCAUCAUCAUCGUUAUCAGCAGAUGAGCAAACACAUUUACAAUCCCUUGAUCAUGCUGAAUAUGCUUAUGAUGCUAAAGCUAAACAAACAACAGCUACAGCAAGUAAAACCUAUCAACAAAAACGUGCUAAUCAUACAAAUGAUAAAAAUCGUCGACAUGCACGUAUAAUAACAGAUGUACCAUCUGAACAACAACAACAACAACAACAACAGCAACAAGAGAAUACAUCACCCAAUAAUAAUCAUAAACUAUUUGCAUUUGAGUCAUUCGAUGAUUCUAUAAGGCGUUAUCAAAGAUUAAGAGAAAUAAGAAGAAAUUUACGAAAUAAAUAUGAUGAUCAUAGUUCACAACAAACAAAAAUUGAUGAAACUUCUCAAACAAUUGAUAUACCAGUUGAACGAGUUACUUCCUCUCCGCAACCAUCAGAUCCACAUAUAUUUCGACAAAAUGAUCAAAUAAGAAAUAGUGCGAAGAUACGUGAUAGAAAAUAUCGGUCAAAAACACUUGAAGGUAAUCAUUUACGAGCUGUUGAUAAUCAAAUUUAUGGAUGUUCAUCAACAUCAUCAACAUUAAAAACAAAACAUGAUACACAGAAUCGAUCUGAUUUACGUAAACGUCAUACUAAUCAUUUAUCAUUUCGUCGUUCAACUGAUGAUGUUCGAGAUAGACAAACACAUGUAAGAAGAAAUUUAGAUUCGACAUAUAGCAGUUUGAAUGGUACAUGGCUUGAAAUUGGACAGGAACAUUGGACGAAUUUAUUAGAAAAUGGUUGGAGACCAACAACAGAUACACCUGGUGUUAAUCUUGUUUCAUUUAAUGAUUCAGAUAAUUAUGGAUCAAAUAAACAAGAUAAUGAUGAAAUGCCUGUUAUUGAUCUUUUCGAACAAAUAUCACGAAAUGAAUAUAUGGCAUUAUUUAAUCAAAUUGAAUUUUCUUAUUCACGUACAAUUGAUUUAGGAAUUGAAUUUUGGCGUUUUCUUGAAAUCAAUGGAACUCAACAUUUAUGUCUUUAUCAUCAACUUAAUAAACAAUUUAUAUUAUUUAAACCAGAUAUAUCACUCUUAUCUUUUCCUUGGUCAUAUGAUGGCAUUAUUGAUAUAUCAUGGUCAAAAUCAACAAGUACAUGGGUUGUGGCUACACAAACACAAAUUAUUAUAAGCAAUCGUUCAUUUAAUAAAGUUUUUCAAACAGUUGAUAUCAAAGGUGAUUGGCCUAAACGUAUUACAUCAUGUCGAUCAUCUAUAUUUCAUACAUACAAACUUCCGACUUCUUCCAAUACAACUUCAUAUUCUCGUUUAUCCACGAAAGAUCGUCCACAAUUUUUACUUGAACGUUAUGAUUAUAAAUUAAAAUCUAUAUGUAAACAUAUUCUUGAAUCAUCAACAAUAUGGGAUAUUGAAGCAGAUGAUCUUACGGAACAUUUAGCUGUUCUAUGUGAUUUUGCUUUACUUAUAUUUGAUUAUCAAUUGAAUUUAUUAAGACAAAUAGAAGUAACUGGUUUUAAAGUAAGUACAGAUCAUUUUGGUGGAUGGUUAAUUGCUGAUUAUAAUAAUUCAUGUAUAUGGCAAAUAAGACGAAAUGAAUAUUUAAAAGCAAAUAAAAUUUUAAGUGUUGAGCGACCAUGGUCUGUUAUACUUGAUCGAUCAUCAUGGACAUUAGUAUUACUAAGUGAAACACAAAAUCGUGCUAAACGUUUAUUAUUUUUUUCUAUGAAAAAUGUUCCUGAUUCGAUUCAAUUAAAUGAUUUAUCAUCAGCACAAUCUCAACUUUCAUUGUCAUCAUCAUCUUCGAUGUCGGAAUCUUUUUUAUAA